GCAAGAUGUGGGUUGUGUUAGGAUUGACGCUGGCGUUAGCAGCAGCAGAGGACACUUGUUCCUCAGACGAGAAAACACAUAAGCUGGAGUUGGACGCGUUUUACCAUGAUUGUUCGAUGUUCAACGAUCAUAAGCUGUUCAACGGUCCGGUGUGUGGCAGUGAUGGCACUACGUAUGCUAACUGCGUACACUUGGCCUGCAUGAACCAUUGGAGAGCCGCGUGCGAUAAGGUGAAGAUAGUCAGUAAGGGUGUUUGCCCUGACUGUGAGGUCCCCUUCAAGUGGGCUCCUGUGUGGGAUCCUGUCUGCGGCACUGACAACGUCACCUACGCCAACACAGAAGCUCUGGCUCUGCACAACGAUCGUGCUGGCAAAGCUAUCAAGGUUUACCACGACGGGGAAUGCAUCGACCCCACCGUAGGCUGUUUCGGCAUAGACUACGCCCCCUGGGAGAACGCCGUCUGUGGCACGAAUGGAAGGACGUACCAGAGUGUGCAGGCCAUCGCGGACCUGCGCAAAAUGGGGCAAUGUGUGGACGUCCUCCACGACGGAGGGUGUACCGUUGACGAGGUGAAGGAGAGGGUGAAAGGCAGAAUGGAGAUGUGCAACCUAGCCAGGACCUUCUACGAGGCCAAUCCUGUCUGUGUGGACGUCCUCCACGAUGGAGGGUGUACAGUGGACGAGGUGAUGGAGAGGGUGAAAGGCAGAAUGGAGCUGUGCAACCUAGCCAGGACCUUCUACGAGGUCAACCCUGUCUGUGGAGAAGAUGGAGUAACCCAUGGCAACCCGUACAUCAUGCGAUGCUUCAAACCUAAUGUUGAUGCCAGCUACAUGGGAGAGUGUGACUCCCCGUUGCACCGCGCCUGUCAGGCCGCUGUGGACAUCGACAAAGGUCUUGUGAAGUGUCCUGGAGAAGUAUGUGGCAGUGAUGGUCUGACUUACAAAUCAGGAUACCACCUGGACUGCGCUACAAACAACGACAAGUAUCUCUUCAUCCUCCACGAGGGCGCGUGUACCCCCGAGGACAACCCUUGUACCAACAUGCCUGAGGUGACAGACAAAGCGAACCCGAUCUGUUCCUCUGAUGGAGUAACCUACGUCAACAGCUGGGCGCUCUGGUGCAUGCAGAGGAAGGAGGAUCCAUAUUUAAAAUUCUUCCACGAUGGGCAGUGUCUAAGGCGAUGCAUUGAAUGUGGACUGCCCAACUGUCGAGGGUGCUGUAAGGCCAAAUGAACUUGACACGAACAGUAGACUUUAAACUGUUGUGCCAACAGAACACGGACCAACCAGUGUCAAGGUCAUAGGAAGGUCACAUGAGGAAGAGUCAUUGUUGUAAAUACUGUACAAAGACCUAGGUAUAUUUUUAUAUGAACUUUUUAUAAAAAACAUUUGUUCAAA